UCUGGAAGGCUUUGGUCCAAGGCCAUUUUUGCCGCCUAUAAAUGGGGUCUCCGGAACCAGAGGGAGCACACAGCUCUACUUAAGAUCGAAGGUGUUUAUGCUUGAGAUGAAACGUUCUAUCUCGGCAAGCGAUGUGCUUAUGUCUACAAAGCAAAGAACAACACAGUAACUCCUGGUGGCAAACCAAGCAAAACCAGAGUAAUCUGGGGAAAAGUAACUCGUGCUCAUGGAAACAGCCGCAUGGUUCGUGCCAAAUUCCGAAGCAACCUUCCUGUGAAAGCUAUUGGCCACAGAAUCCACGUGAUACUGUACCCCUCAAGGAUUUAA